UUUAGACUCAUUAAUGUGAGUAGAAAUUAAUAGCUUAUAUGUAUCUGUUUCUACUUAAGGAGCCGUAAUUCGAUUUCAGUCUUUAGUUUUUUUAUACUUCUUGUUCCGGCUGUUGGUUAACAUUAGUGAAAAUUUAAAAGUGGUUUAUCUUCAGCAAAAAUCAUCAUGAUGUGUUUCAAAGCCAUCGUGUUGGUAUCCGCUAUUGCGUGUUUAAUCAGCGCCGAAAAGAGAUCGUUAUUGAAAGAUCGUAUUUUCCAUUGCAAACACAUUCCGUUUAAAAAACAUUCUAUUUUUGAAUUAGCCAUCCCGUCAAUCAGCCUCUCUCCCCCGGUCGAUUCUGUUGUUCCCAUUGAUUAUACCAUUCCUACCGAAGUUACUACACUUGGAGCAGAGCCGCUUCCAACGAAAGAACCUGCAGUACCACAGCAAGAAGUUCAGUAUCCUACACAACCGGAAGUACAGUACCCUCCGUCGCAGCAAGAAGCACAGUCUCCUGUAGCGCCACAACAGGAGGUGCAGAAUCCGCCUCAACAGGAAGUACAAAAUCCGCCACAACAACAACCGUUAUAUCCGCCGCAACACGAGGGCCAACGCCCUGCACAACACAGUGUAGCUCAGAACCCAUCAUCAAAUGAAGGGUUGUAUCCACCGCAACAUAAUGGGGAGUAUUAUCCGCCUCAAAACGAAGGACAGUAUUAUCAACCGCAUAACGGAGAACUGUAUUAUCCACCACCAAACUACCAAGGUUUUACUAACUACGCCCCGUAUAACUACCCUGUCUAUGGACAAAACAUACUGAGAUCUGUGAAGUCUCUCGACGGUCAAACGUAUACAACCCACCAACGUCCACAAAGAGUUAAUAUGUUUAUUCGACAGCCAACGCCGUACUACAACGCGCCACAUCCUUUCGGUUUUUACGCGGCUCCGCAAUAUAAUUAUGUGCCACAAGCGCCAAAAACACCUAAAGCCCUAGUAAAAUCGACUUGAUUAUAUAUACUUGGUUUUCGACCGUUUUUAUUUUUAUUAUAAUUACUAUUUAGUUUUAUUACACAGAAAAACUAUUUUGGAAAAAUAAAAACGUGUUUGAUUUUUAACAGGACAAUAAACUUAU